CAGUCCACCUAAAGCGGUCCUCCUCCUCUCCUAUCAUAGACACACACACAUACGCACACAUACACACACACAUACAGUCCAAACCCCCAGAAAAAGCCCUGCUGAAUCCUCACACCGUCUGUCAGCAUGGGGAGCGCUUGUUUUUCCCGGGACGUUUGUUUGUUUAUCCUCCUCAUAAAUACUUGCAGGGUGAUGGGGAAUGUCGGACUCGCAGAUGCAGACGAGUGUGCAGAGGGUUCGGACGACUGCCACAUUGACGCCCUCUGCCAGAACACUCCCAAGUCCUACAACUGCAUCUGCAAGCCGGGCUACAAGGGAGAUGGCAAGCAGUGCGAGGACAUGGACGAGUGUGAGAACGACUACAACGGAGGCUGUGUCCACGAAUGUAUCAACAUACCUGGAAACUACAGGUGCACCUGCUACGAUGGCUUCAUGCUGGCCCACGACGGACACAACUGUCUGGAUGUGGACGAGUGCAUGGACAACAAUGGCGGAUGCCAGCAAGUGUGUGUCAACACCAUGGGGAGCUACGAGUGUCAGUGCACGGAGGGAUUCUUCCUCAGUGAUAACCAGCAUACCUGCAUCCACCGCUCUGAUGACGGCAUGAACUGCAUGAACAAGGACCACGCCUGCGCCCACAUCUGCAGAGAGGCUCCAGGCAAAGGCGGGGUGUCGUGCGAGUGCCGUCCCGGCUUUGAGCUGGCCAAAAACCAGAAAGACUGUACAUUGACGUGUAACUAUGGAAAUGGCGGUUGUCAGCACACAUGUGAUGACACGGAUACCGGGCCGGUGUGUGGCUGCCACCAGAAGUACGCCCUGCACUCAGACAGCAAGACCUGCAUCGAGAAAGAUGAGGCUGCAAUUGAGAGCUCUGAGUUCAAUGCCACGUCAGUAGCUGAUGUGGACAAGCGGGUGAAACGGCGGCUACUUAUGGAGACCUGCGCCGUAAACAAUGGCGGCUGCGACAGGACAUGUAAAGACACAGCCACUGGGGUGCGCUGCAGCUGCCCAGUGGGAUUCACCCUGCAGCCCGACGGCAAAACCUGCAAAGACAUCGACGAAUGCCAGGAGAACAACGGAGGCUGUGAUCACUUCUGCCGGAACACAGUGGGCUCCUUCGAAUGCAGCUGCCAGAAGGGCCACAAACUGCUCACCGAUGAACGGACAUGCCAAGACAUUGACGAGUGCUCCUUUGAGAGAACCUGUGACCACACCUGCAUCAACUAUCCCGGCAGCUUUGAGUGCUUAUGCAACAAGGGAUACAUCCUGUACGGCCUCACUCACUGUGGAGACAUCGAUGAGUGCAGCAUCAGCAACGGGAGCUGUGAGCACGGCUGUGUAAACACCCAGGGUGGCUACGAGUGUGUGUGUCCACCAGGACACAAACUCCACUGGAACAAGAAAGAUUGCAUCGAGGCGGUGAAGUGUCUGCCCAAUGGGAAGCCAGCACCCCGAGCCCAGCUGACCUGCACCAAGAGCGGAGGGGCUGAGGUCUGCUCUCUCUCCUGCCCGUCCAACGCCCUCUUCCUCGCAGACUCAGAGAACAGUUACACACUGAGCUGUGGAGUGCCGGUCCAGCCUGGUAAAGCUCCACAGAAGAGGAAUGCCACCGCCGCUUUACCCACCUGUGCCGACACACUGGCUGCACCCAUCAAACAGAAAGCCAGGUUUAAGAUCAAGGACGCCAAGUGUCACCUGAGGCCCCGCAACAAGGAGAAACACAGAGACUCGUCCAAGCAGAGCCUGCAGGGAGGUCAGUUCCCCUGCACCGACGACUGCCAGGUAACUUUUGUCAACCUCAAGUGUGACUCGUCUAAGAAGCGCAGACGAGGACGCAAAUCUCCUUCCAAAGAGGUUUCUCACAUCACAGCUGAGUUCGAGAUGGAAAUGAAGGAGGAGGAAGCCUCAGACUCAUGUAAUGUGGACUGUGUGCGGGAGAGGACGAAGCAGAAGCUGCAGAGUGCCAUGCGGACACUCAGGAAGUCCAUCAACAAACAGCAGUUCUACAUCCAGUUCUCUGGAACGGAGUACGAGGUGGCGCAGAAACCGUCCAGGGUACCGGAGGGUGCUGAGGCCUGCAGCACAGGUCAAGUCCUCCGAGACGGAAAGUGUGUGAGCUGUGGCGUGGGGACAUUCUACAGCGGGGAGCAGGAGCAGUGUGUUCAGUGUCCUCCCGGUACCUACCAGGACACCAUGGGUCAGCUGUCGUGUGAGCCGUGUCCCAGCACUGAAGGACAGGGCAUCGCCGGAGCAAAGAAUGUGUCUCAGUGUGGAGGUCAGUGUCCAGCAGGUCAUUACUCUGCUGACGGGUUCCGUCCUUGCCAGUUCUGCCCGCUGGGCUCCUACCAGCCAGAACCAGGCCGGGUCCUCUGCUUUCCCUGUGGAGGAGGUCUCAUGACCAAGUAUGAAGGAUCAGUCUCCUUCAGGGACUGUGAAGCCAAGGUGCACUGUGCUCCUGGACAUUACUACAACUCCAGCACCCACCGCUGUAUCCGCUGCCCAGCAGGAACCUACCAGUCUGAGUUUGGGCAGAACUACUGCAUCACCUGUCCGGGGAACACCACCACUGAUUUUGACGGCGCCACCAAUGUCUCCCACUGCAAAAACCAGGUGUGUGGAGGGGAGCUGGGAGAAUACACAGGCUACAUUGAGUCUCCUAACUACCCCGGGGAUUACCCGUCCAACGUGGACUGUGUCUGGACCAUCAACCCACCACACAAGAGGCGGAUUCUCAUUGUGGUACCAGAGAUCUUCCUCCCCAUCGAGGAUGAGUGCGGAGACGUGCUGGUCAUGAGGAAGAGUGCGCUUCCCACCUCCAUCACCACCUAUGAGACGUGUCAGACCUACGAGCGGCCCAUCGCCUUCACCUCUCGCUCUCGCAAGCUCUGGAUUCAGUUCAAGUCCAACGAGGGCAACAGUGGCAAAGGCUUCCAGGUUCCAUAUGUCACCUACGAUGAGGACUACCAGCAGCUGAUAGAGGACAUAGUACGAGAUGGCAGGCUCUACGCCUCCGAGAACCACCAGGAGAUUCUGAAGGACAAGAAGCUGAUAAAGGCUCUGUUCGACGUGCUGGCCCACCCCCAGAACUACUUCAGGUACACGGCGCAGGAGUCCAAAGAGAUGUUCCCUCGCUCCUUCAUCAAGCUGCUGCGCUCCAAAGUCACCAGGUUCCUACGGCCGUACAAAUAGGCAGGGCCUCGAGUCCUGUUAGAGACCCCCAUCAUUCUGCGUCAUUCCAAAUCCAGCAACCUAAAUGUAACCCCCCUCCCUAUCUACUUCUUCCUGCCUGGGUCAAUACGUCAGUGUGCCCGUUCUCUGACUAAACAUCUUCAUCUCCUGUAUUUUCAAUCAGUAAUACAUCAUUAACCGACCCCAACCCCGACACAAAACCCAGUGAGUGCAGCUUUUUAUAUAAGGUUUGACCGAUAAAGGUAAAAGCUACUGUUGAUAUUUUAAUAAUGUAGCAGAAGAUUCCAGAAGAUAGACAUGUGUGGAUAUAUUGUUUCUUUAAAUUUGACCCUUUAUACCAAACAUGAACAAAUACUGAGUGUUCUUUUCUCUCAGUCUGUUAUUAUAAAAUCUAGCAGCUCUUUAAGGCACCAGGUGGCUCACACCAUCACCAAUAAUGGAAUAUUGAACUUCAUAAUAACUAAUAAUUAUAAUAAUAACCUAACUGAGUAUUUUUCAGAGUAUGUCAGAGUAUUUUUUAGAGUAUCUAAAUCUAUAUAUAAAGGCCUACAGAGACAUGAUCAGACACAUAGUCCUCAUGUCCUUUAUAUAAGGUCAGUUUCAUCAUUAUCACAGUAUAUGUUAUUAAUUCAUGUCACUGAGAAGAACAGCAAGUAUAUAGACACUAAAAACUAUUUUGUCUUUUUUAAUGUAUUCAAGUGGAAUACAAGAAAAACUGUAUUUUAACUGUUACAGUAGCUCUUUAUUAUUAAUUAAUAAUUGUUAUUGACCAGUAUAAAAUAUCUGUGUUUUGAACAUAGAGUUCAAUCUCCUUACAUGUGUUACAUCAGAUCAGCCCUGAACAUCGCUGAGCAGUUACAACAGAUACAAGAUGAUGUAGUGACAGAGGGUUUGUAAUCUGGCCUUUAUAGCUGUUAUUGCUUUUUCAUUUGUCACAGCCUCACAGAGCAGUGAUGUACUGCUGCAAUUUAUAAAUGAGAAGAGAUGCGAACUCAUGUUGAAGUGCAAAGAGGUAUCUAUUAGCUUAAAAGUUAGAAAGGCCAAUCAAGCUGCACUGUUGGCUGUAGCUUCAUAUUUAAUGGACAGAUAUGAGAGUGGUAUUAAUCUUCUCGUCUAACUCUCUGCAAAAAAGCAAUUUUCCCCAAGUGUUGCUUUUUCUGUACAAAUGAUGUAUUAGUAAUGUGUAAAGCAUGAACAGGUUGCAUUAAUUAUGCAUCCCUAAAGUAAUUAUAGUACAUAUUAUCAUAAAGUUGGACCCGUAGUAUUUAGUAGAAGGCUAACAAACCAAUAUAUCGGUCAAACCCUAUUUUCUGCACACUACAUCUUCUUUCCCAGCCAUUCCCAGAUUUCUGCACCUUCAUUAACAACUUUUUUUCUGCAAACUUCUUUUGACUUCGUCCACCUCUCGUUUUAUUUUGCUCUGCUUUGUUUUCUGUGUUGUUGUUUUUGUUUUUGUAAUAUUUAUACUGAACAUGUCAGAACUUGCAGAAGCCCACAUCACAGAUGUUUUGGAUGUGACGUGAUGUGUAAAGAUGCGUUGGCCCACACAGUGUACAUGGAUGUAUCCUGAACUGGAUUUCUUUAUUGGCCCCCUGACGUGCACGAGACAGAGAUAAGAAAACAAUCGGUGCACUUAAAACACAUUAACAUGGAAAAUGAUUAGAAAGAAAUGUUAAAGUGGGGAAAUCUAAACCAUUCCACUUCAGUGGGUGCUUUAUCCACUGGAGCACGGGGGAAGAUUAAAUGGGGUGAAUCAGAAAGUCUAUAUUAUAAUUUUUUUAAGUAAUAAUAAAAAAAGAUAUAUAACAAGAUGAGAUAAACUACCUGCAAGUAACAGACUGUUACUUUAGAGAGAAAUGUGUGUGAUGUAACUAAUAUUUGGAACUUUAAUUGCACUUGAAUUUUAUAUUUUAAACUGUAGGAAAAAGAUCUAAGUUACGUAUUUGUUACCUUUUUUUGUGUUGUUUUGAAAUGUGCCACAUGUGGCGGUGAUGAGAGAGAAAACACAGCUAUGUCUCCUGUUAUUGCUCCCACUCUGUAGCUUGCAGUUAACCCCUAAAAUCUAAAAUGAGUUACAGCAGCUUUCAUUUCACACUGCGAGGAAUCGUUUAGGCUCGUUUAGGCUUCGGCACCUGUACAGCUGAGACUCUAUGUUAAACUAAUGCGCACAGAGGGAAGACAGUGUAAGCAUUGGAUCACUCAAAGCUGCCACCACCACUACAGUUUGUCUGUGUUCUCACUGCUCAGUCCUGCUUCGUCCUGCAAACAUGUCCUAUAGCUGCCAGAGAGAAGAAGCGUCUCCAUAAAGGCUUCUUGUAUGAUGGCCUUAUGCAUACAUACACUACAGUAUAUGCCUGUUUCUAAAACAACUACUUACAAUAUCUGCAUUCACCCAGAUGAACCUUUUUCAGAGGAAGUAUAGUGUGUAUACUAUGCUUUUCUUUUAUAACCCAGCUAAAUGUUUCUGUGUCAUUCCCAUUGGUACUAAUAUGUCUAUGAAAUCCUAUACCGCGUAUUGAAGAUGGACUCUGUAUCUGCACAAUGCGAGUGGAGUUGAAAAACAUGUACGGUGUGACUGGAGUGUUGGUCCGGAGGUGAAUGUAGUGGCAGGGGCACAGUCAGAAUGAGAGGCAUGUCCUGUCUGUAGUGUCUGUAGCACUUGCAGCUUUCAACUGUAAGCCAGUGAACUUUAUCUGUGUGUCGCGUUGUUCAUAAAGAAGCAAGCUUCCACUGACAGACGAUCAAAAUGCUUCAUCAUUCGUAUUACUGUGUUAAAGUUCCUCGAGAAGCUAAACUCCUGUUAACAGUGUCUUUGUGCUGAGCACAAGGAAGGUGGCGGAGCUCCUCAAAGCCUAGUGAUCAGAGAUAAAGGACCAGACUGGAGGCUUUGCACGUUGUAACCCAUUAACUAAAGAUCAUGUACACUGCUUAGUAUUUUCCAAAGCAUGAUGAGGUUUCAGGUUAACUACUUUCCAGACAGGCACUGGUUUCAGUUUAUUCAGGACACUGUGAAAAUUAAACAUCUGCAGACUUACAGAAAUACACUGCACAGUAAA